AAUUUAUAAAUAUUCUGGAAAUUUAAAUGGAUAAUACAAAGAAAGAGCAUUCGUAUACUUAUUGGGUUAAGCAUGAUCCUAAUCAUCCUAAAAUAGAUUGUCAACCAAAAAAAGUUGAAGAUCCUUCUUAAGUUUAAUAACCAUAAACAAUAGGAUCAUAAUGGAAUGUUUCAGGAACUUGGGAGGAAAAAAAAGUACCUAUGAAUGACAUUAAAAAUUCAUUAGAAAAUAUUAUAGGGGUAUUUAGACUUAUAAUAAAUUGUAAUAGAUGAAAAUUGGAUAGACAAAGAUAUCAGCUGUAGAAUCAGUUGAAGGAGAAGCUCAUUUAUAUUUAAGUAGAGGUAAAAAGAGAAUGGGUUAUCAUUUAAAAAUAACAUAUGCUCUUGAGGAUGAUGGAUAAAUUAAAUAUACUGAUUUUACAGAUGAUGGAGAUAGAGAUGUAAUAAAUAAAUAUAUUUAAUAAGUAUGUACUUGAAGAUGUAACUGAUGAAACUGUUAAACAUUAAAUUGAAGACUUACAUGAUCGAACAAAGUAAUAUGUAGAAGUGUUUAAAAAUUGAUAUCGAU